CCCCAACGCACGCGCACACACACACACACACACUCACACACACACUACCAAAACUUGGCCGUGGUUGUCGGCGUUUCUGAUUGGUCGCUGAGCCACGGCGACGUGACAACACCUGCUCGACCGAUUCAUCAACACUGACAGGCCGUGCCGCGGGAGAUAUAGGCAGCAUCCAUCCCGUUUCAGCGUGCUCAUUCCCGACAGAGACACACCAGCAUACACAAACACCUCGCGUCUCUGAGAAACUCGAUUAUCCAAGGUGUCUCGAGGGGGGAAAAUAAAUAAAUUAAUACACAAUGUUGUCCAGAUUCGCUGUGGCGCUCCUCGUUCUCUCGGUGAUCGCGCUGACGGACGGAACAGACGCUACCGACGCUCACGAAAGUCACCCGGAAAAAGCGGCAAGCCCAAACCAGAAAGGACGACUCUCCUUACACAACACAGCCGAGAUCCAACACUGUCUGGUGAAUGCUGGAGAUGUGGGCUGCGGCGUGUUCGAGUGCUUCGAGAACAACUCGUGUGAAAUCCGGGGACUGCAGGAAAUCUGCCUGACCUUCUUGCACAAUGCCGGGAAGUUUGACUCCCAGGGCAAGUCUUUCAUCAAAGAUGCACUAAAAUGCAUGGCCCAUGGCCUGAGGCACAAAUUCAGCUGCAUCAGUCGAAAGUGCCUGGCCAUAAAAGACAUGGUGUUCCAGCUUCAGCGAGAAUGCUACACAAAGCAUAACUUGUGUGCGGCAGCUAAGGACAACGUUAAUGUCAUUGUAGAGAUGAUCCACUUCCAGGACUUGCUCCCAAAAGGGCCCUAUGUGGAACUGGUGAACAUCUUACUAGCCUGUGGUGAAGAAGUGAAGGAGGCGAUUAGCAGAAGUGUCCGGAUACAAUGUGAGCAAAACUGGGGUGCGCUCUGCCACAGCCUAAGCUUCUGCUCAUCGCCACCCCCCCUUGGCAACCAGGAGCGCCAUGCAAGUCAACACGAGCAUCCUAAAGGUCCGCGCCAAGCAGACAAAGAAAAGCCUGGCAAAGGGGGCUCGAGUGCCCAUCCAAGAAGUCGUGGUCAGGGUGCACGGCGUGCAAGCCUCGAUGCCACGAUGGCUGAGCAGGAGGACCCUGAGAACACUGACAUCCGGAGGGUCCCGGGGAACCUGGAGCCUAUCCCAGGGAGCAUUGGACACAAGGUUGGGUACACCCUGGAUCGGGUGCCAGUCCAUCGCAGGGCAAAAUCACAUACACACUCACACACUCAUUCAUACGCUAUGGACACUUUGGACAUGCCAAUCAGCCUACCAUGCAUGUCUUUGGACUGGGGGAGGAAACCAGAUUAUACGGAGGAAACCCCCACAGCACAGGGAGAACAUGCAAACCUCACACAUACAGGGAAGUAGCGGGAAUCGAACCUCCAACCCUGCUGGUAUGAGGCGAAUGUGCUAACCACUAAGUAUUCUAUGAAUAUUUUAAUUUGUGUUAAAAAUUAGGAUGCUUGAAUACACACACCCCUAGGUCAUAUGCACACACACACACACACACACACACACACACACACACACAUGCACACACACACACAUGCACACACACACAUGCACACACACUGUGGUUGCUAACAUAAAGAAAACGCAAUCACUCACCAGUUCCAGAAUGAUGAAGUGUCUAUGAUUAUCUAAUUUGUGUGUCACUUAUGCACUAUUUGGGAUUUACCCCAAACACAUUAGUCUGACACAAAAACAGCAGCAGCUCAGAGUGUGUGUCAUGGAAAGCCAGGCUGCUUGUGUUCUAGCCAACCCUUCAGACAACUCUACUUGUUCCAAGUAGAAAAAAAAAAUUGCAGCCCUCACUCUCUCUCCACUGAAAAGAGGCAGCGGUUGGAGCCAUAAUAAACUGGCCUAAGACCUAGAAACUAGGUUAAGUCUACACAAAUAGCGAAAGCUAUUAUGGAUACAACCAUUGGAAAUACCAUCUUUGGUACAGCCAUAGGAGAAUUCCCUUCAACCCUGCCUGUAGAAGGGUUUCAUAAGGAGUACAGAGACACAGAUUACACCAUUUAACCAUUUAACUGCAUAAUUUGGCCAUUUUUGUUGGCGCAGUCUAUCACUAUCUGCCAACAGUACUGCAUACAGACUAAAGUUGUGAAGUUUUAUUGUUGCAUUUCCAGAUUAAAUCUAGUCUUGGACUGGACUAUAUUAUGGGAAAAAUGCUUCUAACAAGCUUCUGUCGGGCACUGUGGACAUUCUUAAUAAAAAAUAAAAUAAAAAAACCUGACCGUUAAACAUUUGCAAUGUUUGCAUUUACAUUUAACUUAAGAGGUUGAGGUAUGUAAAGGUACAUUACAGAUUAGACAGUUUAAGACCUUUUCAUUUAUGGCUGCGAUGUUGGAUUUUCUACUU